AUGUGCAAAGGAUUCAGAUCAACCUUGACCGGCCCUGCUCUCCAGUGGUAUAUCAACCUGCCUACGAAAUCCAUCAAAUCCAUUGCAGCCCUUAGCUAUAAGUUCGCAGAGCAGUUUGCUAGCAGCCGUGACCUAGAGAAGAACUCAGAUGAUCUCUACGAGAUCCUCCAGCAUAGGAAUGAGCCCCUUUGUUCCUACAUAGCUCGCUUCAACCAAGCGAAGGUGGCUAUCCCUGAGGGCAACGCUGAUACGGCUAUCUCAGCCUUUAAGAGGGGUCUACUUUCGGAGGGAGAUCUUUACAAGGAGCUGAUCAAAUACAAGUGCAGGAUUAUGGAAGACGUACUGUCUCGUGCUUGGGCUCAAGUAAGAUGGGAAGAAGACGUUGCUAGUAGGGCCAAAGCCGGUCUGAAGUACGAUCAGAAGUCAUCAAAGCCUACUAGGAGUGACCGCGAUGAGCCUUCUCACUCCAAGUCCGCUAGGGAGACUAGUAACCCGAACAGGGGCAGGUACCAGCAUCGACCUUUGCCUAGAUCCGAAGGAAUGAUGGUGUCUACUUGGCCUGACAUCUCCCAUCUUGCGAUAUCCAAACCAGAACUGAUCGGUGUCUUACGACAAAUGGGUCCUCAAGUCAAGUGGCCUCCUAAGAUAAAGGCCGCAGAGGCUAAUCGAAACCCCAAGCGAUGGUGCGAGUUCCAUAGUAACCAUGGUCAUACUACGGAGGAUUGCAUAGCCCUGAAGAUGGAAGUCGCUGAGCUCCUCAAGAAAGGUCCCGGUCUCCCUAUCGAGGCAGCUCUUGCAUUGCCACCAAAGCAAGACCGGGUGAUCCAUGUCAUCUCAGGCGGAUCAGAGGUAAGCGGAAUUAGCAGUGCCGCAGCCAAGAGAAGUACUCGCAACGCCAGGAACUGCCAAGAGGCCGAGGGUCCCAAGCGCCUACUCCUUGGAACAGAUGAGAUCAGCUUCACUGAGAGGGAGCAGUAG